AUGCAUAACGAAUCCAAUCUCAAUAAUACGAAGGGAUUCACGAUGUUUUUUAUUAUUACCAACGCGGACGAAACGAUUGUAUAUGUGGAUAGCACCACAGCUACUCUACAGAGCAAUUUGGCAACCCAAAAUCAUCGCGAGAAAAGUGACUUAAAUUAUCGAUGUCAUUUCUCCAGCCUCGCAGGGAGCAGAGUAUGUAUUGCAAUCGAUUACAUUCAGUAG